AUGAACAAAGAAGUGACAGAAGAAGAAGAAGAAGAAGAAGAAGUCACCAAAGAUGUAGCUGCAAUACCUGACACAUUCAAAAUACUAGAUUCAAGCAACAACAUUGAAAUUGUCAUUUCACCAAUUCACAUGAUAAAUUUAAAAUCAAUAAUCGAUGUGAUUCCUACACAAACAUCACUACAGUCACAUCAAAGUCUAUUAUCGGAACUCUCAAAUGAUAAGAAUAAUACUACCAUGGUGGAAUCAGUCUUGCACAUUUUCAAGAGUGAUAAAUUUAAACUACGAUGCGAUGGAUAUUGGUUGUGCAAGUUGAAGUUUAAAAUUGAUGAUAAAUUCAAUCAUUGGGGUGUUGUUUUCCCCAUAGUUGGUAUUGCUGAGAAGGAAAAUGGCGAUGGGUGUAAAAGUUGUGGCUAUUUUGGUGUUUUCAAAAUAAAUGAACUUAUUUCUGAAGAUAAACUGGCCGAUUACAUGUACCCAAUUUCAAAUGAGGCAGAUUUGAUAAAUGCAAGUAAAGAAACAGCCGAGUCCACCAAUUAUAUGCCAAGGGAGAUGUUUGAAGACACUAUGGAAUCAUUUUCCAUGAAGCCACCAGCAUCAAUGGUGCACAAAACGGCAAAGGCCAAUGCUGGCCAUGACAAUGAGUGGUCGAAUGUCAUUUCUUCGUCUCCAUCUAAACGUGAAGAAAGUCACGAUCCAGUACAAUUUCUAACUAAUCGAUAUUACCAUUCAUUGUAUUCGUUGAAUGAACCAUUGAGUUAUUUCCCUAAGACUGCACUAACUCGAUUUAAGAAUCUUUGCCUAGCAAAUGAGGCGCUGAUUUUGGCCGUGCUUGAUACAUUUAUUUUAUCCAUGGACAAAUUUGAUCAACGGUAUGAUGGGAAAUCAAGUGGGGGGUUCUUCAUUAAUGAUGAGAAUUUAUCUGAAUGUGAAGUAAGGCAUCAGGGAACAUUUAAAGAAAGACUUGGGUUUAGUGUGGAAAGAAAAACUACAGAGGACGGUAACGCUGGUAGGAAGAAGAAGGAGAACAUAGAAUAUGAGAAUGGUGAAACAGGCAAUGUGAUAGUUUUGGAUGGGAUUGACAAUGAUAAACUUCAGAAAUUAAUCUUGGAAUUGAAAAUUCGUGAAGCUCAAUUACAAAUUAUCCUCUUGUUUGAAGUUUUCCAAUCUAUGAGUAUAAAUGAAGAUGAGUUUUUGGCUCAUAAUUUACAAAAGCUGAAUGAGUUGUUGAAGCAAACUCAAGAUCAACAAAAGGUGAGUUUAGUCCGGGCUAGGAAAAAGAGAAAAAUCAACAAGUCCGAAGCUGGUGAUGACAUAAAGAGCAAGAAACGAGUUAAGCCAACAACUUUAGUGGCUACUGCAUCUUCUACGCACGAUGAGCUGAAAAAGAAUCGAGAAUUUUCCUAUUAUCUGUACUUGAACAAGUUGAUUGAUCGGUUGAAUUUGUGGGAAGUAUUAGUGUCAGAAGAUAAACAUGAUAAACGUGAUAAACGUGAUAAGCAUGCUGGUAAUAAUGCUUCGUCUAGUUAUGGAUUUAUGGCGUAUGUGUUGGUGCCAUACUAUAGUAAAACUUUACCAGUCUUGAUGAAAUAUGUGAUUCAGAAUAUGAAAAACACAAAUAUGAAAUUAACCACUAAUCAUAAGAAAAAAAAGAGCAAGAAAAAGACAUCCCCAUCUUCGUCUGGUACAGUUGCUGACAAUGAUGAUGAUCCCAAGCAGCAGUCAAAAAGUGGUAAAAGUGGUGGCAGCGAAAAAACAAAGCCUAAAUUGGAAAGAAAACCACUUCUUAGCAAUGAUCAUCACCUAAUCAAGGAUAUUUCUAUAGCUUCAUUAAAACGAUCCAAAUCAAGUAUUGGCCAAUCAUCUCGAGAUUUGGACAAGCGACAAGUUGACUUGAAUUUCAAACAGCCACUAUUGAAGAAACAAAAUAGCCAAUUUGGGGACGAUAGUACUAAAGCGAAUGCAACUUUUUCGGCGUCAACAGCAGCAUCCUCAUCAUCUUUGUUUAUUUUUGGUCAGGCAAAGCGUAGCAAAAGUAUAGCAAAUGGGGAGAAACCAGGAUCGAAUUCGGUUGUCAAUGUUGCAGAGACGCCAAUGAAACCGGUACGUGGUGACACAUCAACGCAUGGUCCUGGUGCUGUUGGUGCCGUUGGUGGCAAUUUGAUGAAAUCGUUUUCGCAAAUUGAAGCUACACCGGCUAAACAAAGGGUUGUUGAUUUGGAAGUGUUUACACCUGUGAGUAACGCUGUAUCGAAAUCCAAUGAGAGUAGCACCCACCAGAAUCAAGUUACAAGUUCGAUUUUCACCAGUCCUGCAAAUGGUGAUGGAACUGAAGACGGUAGUGUGCCAUUUUUGAAACCUGGAGCAAGUCUGAUGACUCAGCGAUUACAAUCCGCUGCUGCUGCUGCAACUUCUGUUGCUACUUCUGUUACAACUUCUCCCCAUCAAGGGAGUGAUGUUGUAGUAAUUGAAGCAACGCCAAAGCGACAAAGAACAAAUGAAAGUGCCACAUAUACCUCACCAAAUGAUAUGGUUGUUGAGGCUACACCAAUACGUAAUGGUGUAAUUGAGCGAGGAACUCCUAAAAGAGAGAAAUAUCUAAAUCCAUCAAUCAUACAAGCUACUCCUGUGCAAAAUGCGAGUAAGUUGAAUUCGUUGCACAAUACUCCUGCUGUUUCAAUAGUGGAAGCUACACCGAAACAACAGCAACAACAGACAAAGCAUUCACAGUCACCAUUCUUGAGACGUGCUGAAGGUACUAACGAGUUUAAAUCUCCCAUAGCGCGUACAUCCACCUUGUCCUCAUCACCGCUGGUUCACAAAACCAAACCAGGUGAUCCAAUCGCCAUUUCUGAGUCGCCUAUAUAUAGUGCCUACGCCGCCACGGGGUUGUUAUCAUUAGAUAGUGGUGCACAAGAGAAGGGUGAAGAAGAUGACAUUGGCUAUGAUUCAGAUGAAAUUCUCAAUCCCAAGAAAAAGAAAGCAAGAGCCACGUAUUCAAGACGAUGA